AUGUCCCUUCUCGCUUCUGCCCACGCGAUUAAACUGAAGAUGAAUUUUGUAUCGACGACCACUGAUCAGAAACAACCCCAGUGCUAUAGCAGUCAGCUCAAGCCCUUUUACCACGGAACAGCAUCGCGAUACACUAGCCCCUCUAGCGGAAAAUGCAAGCGCCUGAUUGUGCAGUCCGUGAAUCCCAACUUGAAUAGUGAUUGGAACGAGGACAAUGUUCGAUCGAACGCGCCACUAUCCACUCAGCUUGCUGGUCGGUUGACCAGGAUGAUGUUCAACCCGUCCAACGAAACAUUUUUGUGGUUGUUCAUCUGGCUCUUUUAUAUCAUCACACUAUUGUCUCCAUCCAGAGGGCCUGUGUUUGCCGCUUAUUACAAGCCGUAUUUGAUGCGGUUUGUUGGCCAACUGUGGGCUGCACGCUCACCAAGGGAAUACGCUCUACGGGCGCGAGCAGCAGAUGAAGAUGAUGGACGUGUCCGACGUGUCACUCACGCCCUCUACCCCCGCUUCCUUGUUGUAUAUGAUGAAGAGAGAAGAAAUUGGACAAGAGUCAACGUUGAGGCAGUAGUGAGGCGAAAACCAUAUGUCGCUGUCACCUACUGCUACGACGACGUGAUAAAUUCCGGAAGUACGGGGGCGCUCAUAGAGCGGGUGCGGAAUGCUACCUUGGAUCAAGGAUUUGACGCGUACUGGCUAGAUCUCGAGUGCUUAUUUGAAGAUCCCGUGCAAAAGGCCCAAGACCUUUAUCGCAUGUCGGACGUUUACCGACUCGCCUCUUUCACACUCAUCAUACUCACCAACGAGAGCGCCUGGCCCGCUUGGGGCGGCCGCGUUUGGACUCUGCCGGAAGCUCUCCUCAGUCGCGAGCUGCGAUACAAGGCUGGAAAUAACGCACUUACUCGCACCACGAUGAAGAAUCCCAUAUUAUCAACUCUUAUGGCCUUGGGAAGGAUCCGCUCGAGAGGCUGGAGCGUAAUCUCCAGCUCAAAGAAGCAAUAUGGCGCCGCCAAAGCUCUUCCUCUCAACUUACGAGUCAGGAAGGAAGUUCUCAGGGGAGAUAUCGCGCAGAAAAGGUUUACUGCGCUCAUGGGAUUUUUCGAGCAUCGCAUUCUCCCAAAUGCCGAGGAGACAGAGCUGCAAGCGCUUGCGCGCUUGUUUAUGGCGAACGACAACGACCGCAUUGCUGAUCGCAUGAUCUCGAUGUUUCCCAGAGAUCGAAGAGGAAUAAAUCAAUGGUACACCAAAGAAGACGAAUAUGGAGCCAAGCUUUGGGACAUCGAGCCCGUUGUACAGGUCAUCGGCAUUACAUCCAAUGGUUCCCUUGUGUUGGAUGGCUGUCGGGCGGCAGCGAUUAGGUGGAAGAAUUUUCCGUCCAUUGCGUUUGCUACGAGGCGCUCUUUCCGACGUCUUCUGGCACAUGCAUUGCCAUACACGACCCUGAUCCUCUUCUUGACGAGUUGCGUCAUGAUUUCCAUCGGAAACCAGACCGCCUCUACUAGCGUAUAUGGAACUUCCCCGGGAACUUCACCUCUAGUCGCAGGUGGCGGCGUCCUACUUGCUUUCUCACUUAUUCUGCUGAUAUUUGCGCCAAUCUUCACAACUUAUGCGCACUCUGGACGAGUCGUCCUUGCUCGUCCAUGGCUAAUCGGAGUCAAAGGAGUCAUCUCUGCGCAGGAAGCCUCUGACUAUCUGUAUGGACGUCAGAUUGGGGAUUUUCGUCGCACACUUUAUACUCCUUCAGGUUCGCCUUUGGCGAGACCGAGAGAAAGUGACUCCAAGUUCCGUGAAGGCCACGUUUCGCAGUACGAUGCGGCCCUCGCAGCCCCGCCGUUUGACCCUAUUGAAGGUCACAUGUUCACCCUCGUCGACACCAUCUCAGGUACGAUCUACUAUUUCCGUGCGCACAGGCCUCCUACGGUCUGUCUUUUUACUGGAUCAGAGGGUGGACAAGGGAGGUUUGUCCUGGCUAGUGAGGAAUGCAGCUGUAGCGAGCUGCGACGUGAGACAGGUACUCCGCAUGCCGAGUUUCAUCUCUGCUUACAUGCACACUUCUGA